AUGUUGUCGUCAACAAGUCAAAGUUUAUCUAAUUAUUCAUUAAAUAAUGAAAUAUAUUGUCCCAGUAUAUUUGAUAAUCUCUGCUGGCCACAAACUCGUGCUAAUCAUUUAGUUACUAUUUCAUGUUCACCAUUAACUAUGCCAGGGGUUGACAAAAGCAAAUUUGUCACUCAACAUUGGCUUUCAAUGGGAGAAUGGUUAUCUGUCUCAUAUGAAUGCUACAUUUAUCCGGAUAUAUGGGAUUCAAUGAAGAAAUUAUAUAUAUUAAGAAAAGUUCCUUUUUAUCCUUAUACAGAUAUUUUUCAAGCUGUGGGUAUUAUUGAAAUAAUUGGAUUAUCAGUAUCAUUUAUCAGUAUACUUAUUUCAUUAAUUAUCUUUUUUAAUGUGAAGAAUAGAUCUCAUUACGAUAGUCAUACAAAAAUUGAUAUUAAUCUUUUAUUAACAAUAUUUAUUCAAGUAAUUGCUCGAAUAAUUAAUUACGAAAUUCAAAUGAAAAAAUCUAAUAAUUCUUCACAAAUAGAAUCAAUACAAUGUGGUAUUGAUGGAAGUAUUCAUGUUCAUGAACUUUCAUCUAUAUUAAAAAAAUGUGUCCAUUAA